GUAUUAUUAUUUAUUGUUUGUAAGCCGGGCCCUACUUAUAUAUUAGUUUAGAAAGUGGGCAAAUUUUAUCGAAAUUUAUUUAUCAAAGCUAAAACGUGUAUGUAACAUACACAUUAAAAUUUAAAGAUGCCAAAUACCGAAUACGGUGAUGUGCAUCGUUAUUUCCUAAGAACAGUUGCUAGUUUGGGCGUGAUAUCGGUAAAUGAUGCGGAAAGUCUUUUAACGGAUUUAAACACUGAUCAAAAUUAUUCUGUCCCAGAUUUGGUUAAACAGAUAAACGAACAGAUAAAGCCAUUAAAACAAUCUAUUAAAAUAACAAAUGAUGAAUAUACUUCAGAAGAAGUGAUAAUAUUCUUAUCUUUGGGUUAUGACGAAGCCACUAAAUCUCAAAAUUUGUUUUCAUUAUCUGAACUUGAGUAUUUUAGGAUGCUUUUAGAACAAAUCAUGACUACUGAGGGAAGGCAAAUUACGGGAAUUCAUGCUCUUAAUUUAGUUGGAAAUAUGAAAUCAUCUUACACCAAGACAGAUGCACAAAAAUUGCUUGAUACUUGGUGCCGCAUGCGAUACCUUGAUAAAGAAGAAAAUAAUUAUGCUUUAGGAGUGAGAACUAUUCAUGAAUUUGAAGGCUACUUCAGAGAGAACAUGCCGGAUACUAUAGAAGAAUGUUGCUUGUGCAAACGAAUUGUAUUUAGAGGUUACAAUUGUAUAGAAUGUGCCAAAGCAGUACAUACUCGCUGCCUCAAUAAAUAUCUGGAGAAAAUGUCAAAAUGGCCCUGCUGUAAGAUUGACUUCAAUCCGGAGCAAUUGGAAAGGCUUAUCUGCCAGAGUUCCAGAUUCUCUCAGAGCCAAAGGUCAACAGAACAUGAAGUGGAGGUUUCUACAGAAGCUGCAGAUAAAUCAGAUGAAGUGACUCAGGAAAUAUCCACACAAGACAUUAUACCGGAAAUAUCACAACGAAUAACAAGAAAACGUAAGAGGCAAAAUGAAUAGCUAGUUUUUUGUAUUUAAUUUAUUUUGUUUCGUUGGUUUUAUGAUUAAAUUCAUGUCUUUAUUUAA